AUGAAUGAGAUUUAUUACCAGAAAAAUGACUUCCUGGACGUAUUCAGAAACAACACCGUCAUCAUUGUGACCGGUGACACCGGUUGCGGCAAGACCACUAUGAUUCCCCAGUUCAUCUACGACCACUACUCAUCCGUAUCCAGUAGAAUAUUUAUGAUAGGCGUGACACAGCCUAGACGACUGGCAGCCGUGAGCAUAGCAAGCAGAAUCCACGAUAUGGUCGCAUGCCGCUCAAUUGACAAUGCUGUUGGCCACAAAAUCAUGUACGAGAACAAUGUCAAUAGGGACACUCGCAUCAAGAUAAUGACAGAGGGUGUAUUGCUAAAGGAGCUCUACAGAAACUGCCUACUCAUGGCCUAUGACACAAUUGUGCUUGAUGAAGUCCAUGAGCGUAGUACAAAUAUUGAAAUAGUGGUGAUAUUCCUGGCACAGAUAGUGAAGCGUAGGAAGCAGAUGAGUAAGGAACUUAAGGUUGUUCUGAUGAGUGCUACGAUGAAUAAGAACCGUUUUGCUGAGAUAUUUGCUGAGGAUUCAGUUGGAUACUUCCAUGUCCAGCACAUUAAGCACAAAGUAAGCUUAUUCUACGAUGAUAAGCCUAUUGACGACUAUCUAAGGGGAAUAUACAGAAAACUAGCAUACAUUUUCAGGACGGAAUCAACGGCCAGGAGGCCAGAGAAUGAUCCAUCUGACUAUACUGAUAAGGAUGGAUACACGUAUCCAAGGAAACGGAAGCAGAUCAUGGAAAGACAGCACAAAUCGAUACUCGUAUUUCUACCAGGAAAGAGUGACAUAUACAGGUUAAAGGCAAUGCUUGACCAAUUUAGUCAUUUGGCUGAAAUACUCCCACUUCAUUCAGGAAUGACAUGGGAGGAGCAGCAGAAGAUCUACGAUACGCGAAUAAGGAAGAUCAUUCUCUCUACAAACAUAGCAGAGACAUCAAUAACGGUGCCAGACGUAUUCUACGUGAUAGACAGUGGACUAGUGAAACACAAGCAUGUUGUUGGAAAUGUAGUUCAAUACAAAAUAACAUUCGUAAGCAAGCAGAAUGCAAUACAACGAAUGGGAAGAGCAGGCAGAACUGGGCCAGGAGUGUGUCAUAGGCUCUAUAGUGGAAUUCAAUACGACUCAUUUGAGGAUGAAAUACAGCCACAAUAUACGAGAGAGAAGUUCAAUGAGAUUUUGUUUGUGCUUCAUUCAUUUGGCAUAAACCACGUUGAUAAGACAGUUAAGAAGUAUUUCAGCGUAGAACAGGACGAUCUGCUUGCUGCGUACGAGGAUCUGGUUGCCAGUGGAAUUCUGGUGAUGAAUGACGGGAAGAUAGACGUGGUGAACAGGUCUCUCUAUAACUACCCCUUGGAUUCAUUUCACUCAUUUACCAUUUAUAGGGCCACUAAAAUGAUAAAAAACGAGAACGUGCUCAACAUGGUCAUUGUGGCCGUCUGCUUCCUGCAGAAUGCAUUGGAGAUCACUCAAAACACCCUCGAUCUGCUCUAUUCCGGUUCAUCCGACUUCAUCAGAUUUCUGUACAUUUUCACCAAAUUCAGGCAGUCCCAAAACAGGCGAGAUUGGGCUGCCCAAUAUCAGCUGGGAUAUAACCGCCUUACUGAAAUAGAGAAACUCUGUGAAUACCUGUACAGGAUGGUUCAAAUGGACAGACACUCCCUGAAUUGCACCCUAGAAAUCAGUAUCAACCCCAAUGAUCUCGAAUCAUUCAGCAAAUUCAUCCUCUACGUCUACAAGGACAAUAUUGCAAAGAGAGCUGGUGAUGUGUACGUCUGGAAGGAUCACAACCUGUAUCGUGAUCAAUAUGGCGUGAACCUGAAGAAUGCCAAAUACGUGAUAUUUGAUGGAAUCCAGCAAAUGGGAUCCAAGAAGUACAUGAAGAAUACGGCCAAGAUUGACACAGAAUGGCUUGAUAUCCAGAAGAAGAUGAUGGACGAGAAGGAUGCCAAGAGAAAUGAACAAGGCUGA